UGUGCGCCGGGAAGCAGGUCGUGAUGGCGGGGGCUCCACCAAGGCUCGAGAAAGAGCGCGAGGAUUGUUCUUUGCUUCCUUUAGUUCAUGAUAUUAUCAAAUGCAUGGACAAGGACAGUCAGGAUGUCCAUCAAGACUUGGCUAAACUGAAGACAAAGAUCCAGGAGGCUCGGGAGCAGAUCUCCAACAUGCCCGGGAUAGACAGCAGUCCACUGGAGCAGCAGCAGCAACUGGCCACACUGCGGGAGCAGGUCCGCACCAAAAACCAGCUGCUGCAGAAGUACAAAAGUCUUUGCAUGUUUGAUGUGCCAAAAGCAUCAUGAGACUCAAGACUGGAUUCAGUGCACUGCCUGUAGUAAGUUAAAGGAGGGACAGUUAAGAUGCAGAUAAGACUUUUAGACAUAAGACAUCCUCAGCCAUGGAUCAGUUAAAAUCCUGGCAUUUAAAAACACGAUGUUUAAAUGAAGAUGACCUGAUUGUUUUUUCCCCCUCAGAUGCAUCACACUGCACAAUGUUUUUUUUUUUUUUGUUCGUUUUUUUUUUUUUUAUGCAAGACACUGUUCCUCUUUCAAAUGCGAAUUUGGUUUUGAAGUGUUUUUAUAGUUUUUUUUUUUUUUUUUAAUAAAUGCAUGUAGCAACUUAAUAAAUUAUGGCCAUUUUAAAAAAAAUGGGAGGAAACAGAUUUGUUUUUUCAAGACAUUGCUGCUGUAAAAUGAACGUCAUGAAACAGCCAAGUGUUUACUACACUGUAAAUGAUAAUGGGCUAAUGGAGAGAGGGGUAAUAGACUAGAAGUCACAAGUCAGUACUGAGCCGCACAUCUGAGAGUGAGCACAAUGCAGAGUUGAUGAGGUUGCUGUCCCACUCUUCCCAAGGGGUUCGGUAAAGCUGACAGAUAUUUUCUGGGACAGGACCAUGUUGUCAGACACGUCCAUCCAGAGCAUCACAUUCAAGGUUGGUCAGUUGUACUUUAGUGUCUGAAAUGGUCUCUCUUAACAACAGACGGUGGACACCCCCAACUGACAUGAUAGCAUCCAGUUAUUCCAACAGCCUUUUCUCAUUUUGCACUUGUCAUCUGUGGCAUUGUGUCAUUUGAAAAAAGCUGCAUCUUAGGGUGGCCUUUUAUCGUCAUUGGUCAGAGUGUUUGUGUACUGGUCAUGCUGUCUGAUCAUUGCCCUUUAAAGCCGCACAUACAUUGCGGUUUAAGUCAGUGUUGAAGAAUUUGCUACCACAGGAAUAGCUCAAAAACUGUUUGAGCACAACGGGCUAAAAUCACCCAGUAUUUUCAACUCAUACCAACAGAAUUCCAGUUUUGAAAAUUUUCUGAAGGUCGGAAAAGAAAACUGCAUGCUGCAAGUAGAUUUAGUUUUGUAUAUUCAUUUUUGAUUGUUUUGUAUGACUUUUCUUGCAAUGUUUCUAUUUUGUAAUAAAUUUAUUCUUUAAGAGCCAA